AUGACAGGGUCCAGGAUAUGGGGCUCGUUGAAAUGGGUGGUUACCAUCGUUGCUGUUGCCCUCAAUGCAUUUGUGUAUUUCUAUCCAGAUAUUCUCAACGCCCCGGGUCAGUGUAAUUGGCACAAUCAAGCCCCAUUGACUAGCAAACACAGUUACUUGAAUAAGAUUCCAUCUCCAUGGCGUGACUACGUUUUGCUGAAUUUUCCGUCCCUCAGAACUCCCAAGGAAGAAGAGCCAUACUCCAAUAUCCGAGACAUCAAGUUGUUGGCGUUCGGAGAUCCACAAAUCAAUGGAAACUGGGCACUGACUAAAUACAUCAAGCGUUUGGACAAUUAUGGAAACGACUAUUAUUUGGGCCACAUUUACAAAACGAUGAAAAAUCGUCUCGAACCGGACUACGUUGCAGUCAUGGGAGAUCUCUUUUCGUCGCAAUGGAUUUUGGACUCUGAAUUCUACAACAGAACGUACAGAUUCGUUGAGCGUUUGUUCACAAGAUUGCCCGAAUAUAAGCAAAAUGUGUUGGAAACACACGCCAAACAUGAAGACUACGAUUGGAUGGGUUUUCAUGACCGGGAAAAGGCCAUGGACCCGGUUGAACGAUUCAACUCUCGCGUUUACAACGACGUAUACGACUGGUACAAUUACUCUGCCAAACCACCUGCAAUAAAAGAACCACUUUUUAUCAAUUUAACUGGAAAUCAUGAUAUUGGAUACAGUGGGGAUGCUACGUGGCAGCAUAUGGCUCGGUUUCAUUUAUUGUUUGGGCAAAACAACUAUGUGAUAAAUUACAAUAAGGGUCUGCCUCAGGAAUGGAGAUUGGUUGUUUUGGACUCGUUGACUCUCGAGGGCCCAGCUCUUCAGCCAGAAUUCUUGGAUUAUACUUGGUCAUUCUUGGAAAACCUUCGUGACAGAGAAAACCCAACCUUCAAAGGAAGUACCGUGUUAUUGACCCAUAUACCAUUUUACAAGAAAGAAGGCAUUUGUAUGGACGGUCCCGAACACAUUUAUUAUGACGAAACUUAUACGCGAGAGACGUACAAGAAUGGAAACCUUAGGUCCCAAAACCAUUUGUCAUACGAAACAACUCAAAAGGCUUUGGGUAUCCUUUUUCCCAACGAGGAUAAACCAGGCAUUUCCCUUACAGGACAUGACCAUGAGGGGUGUGACAGUUACUACAACUUCGAAGGAGAUCACUGGGUAGCAUCUAAGACUCCAAACGCCAGCCAGAGAGCACCAGUUCGCGAGAUUGUCGUCCGCUCCAUGAUGGGAGAUUUCGAUGGUCAAACUGGAAUAUUAACCGGGCAAUUCGACGAAACUUCCAGCAAGUGGGAAUUCAAUUUUUCUUACUGCUCGUUUGUUGUUCAGCAUUGGUGGUGGGCCUCAAAGGUUACCGCAGCAAUCUCCUUGUUAUUGCAUUCAAUAAGUUUUAUUUCUCGAUAA